AUGCCGUCGUACACGAAGGACGAGCUGCUCGCGCUGCGGAACCAGCUGAAGGUCGACUCGAUCUUCGACGUGCAGGGCAGGAUCCUGGACCGCGACGCCCUGAAGGCCCUAGCGGCGCGACAGUCUCCCUCCAGGAACCGCUACGAGGACUCGUCGGACCACGCGCGUCGCUUCACACCCAGCAAGGGCUUCCAGGCCUCGGACCGCCCGCCCAACUCACGCGGGGACGCCUCCCGCGACGGCCUGUACGUCCCGCGGCGGCAGGUCUCGAGCGCGCUGAUCGACGGGAGCGCGCAGAUCAGCUCCAGCCGCGGCGACGACGUCCUCCUGUCGCCGAAGCGCCCGCACGGCCCGAGCUCGGGGCGCUGGGACUCCGAGUGGGGCCCGUCCAAGGACCGCGGGGGGCGGGACGCGCGGCGCGACAACCGCGGGGGCGGGCACUGGCGCGACAACGACACCCGCGGGGGCGGCGGGCACUGGAACGACCCGGACAGCGAGCCGCGGCCGGAAUGGCUGGACGACGGGCCCACGCCCGAGUGGAUGGACGGCGACGCGGGGGGCGGGCUGGGCGGGGACGACGGCGAGGGCUUCGGGUUCUUCAGCAACAUGGCGGUCGGCAUUGACGACAUCGAGCGCGAGCGGCAGGCCCGGCACCGCGCCUGGGCGGGCAACCUGGGCGACGGCCCGAUGGAGGACGCCACGGACGACGUGUUCGAGGAGAUCCUGCGGGAGGACGAGGAGCAGCGCAAGAAGGAGGGGGGCGACGCCGCCAGCGUGGGAGGCGCCGCGAGCGCGCGGGACGCCGGCGCGGGCGCGGCAGGGGCCGGGCGCGGCGGGGCCCCGCAACGGCGACGCGGGGCGGCCGCGGCGCCAGCGGCGGGGGCCGGCGCAGCCCCGGCCGCGGAGCCCGACAACUGGGCGCUGCACACGAUCGGCCCGCGGCUGCCGCCCGUGCGGCCCGCGGUGCAGCCCGCCCCAGCGCCAGGGGGCAACUUGGCACGGCCGCCCGGGUUCGGGGGCGGCGGCGGCGGGGCGGCGCCGAACGCCUCGCAGACGAUCAUGGCCCUGCUCGGCCGUGGGGGCGCGCAGAACCAGCAGAACGGGCCGCAGCAGCAACAGCAGCCCCCGAGCAGCGCCGGUGCACAGGGGCAGGCGGGGUCCAACCAGGAGGCUGCGCGGCACCUGCUGAGCCUGCUGGGCGUGCGGAAGGACGACGGCGCACCGGCGCAGGCGCAGCAGAAGCAGCCGCAACAGCAGCAGCCGCCGCAGCAGCAGCUGCCGGCGCAGCAGCAGCAGCAACAACAACAUCAGCAGAACAUCAUGCGCCUUCAGCUGGAACAGCAGCAGCGGCUCAUCCAGCAACAGCUGCAGCAGCAUCCGCAGCAGCCGCAGGCAACGCAGCAACAGCAGCAGCAGUUGUUGCAGCAGCUGCAAAAGAUGCAGCUUCAGCAGGUGCAUCAGCAGCGACCGGGGAUGCCGACGAGCGAGGCGCACCACCCGAACGCGCAGAUCAUGCAGCUCAUGCAGAAGCAGCUGCAGCAGCAGCAACAGCAGCAGCAGCAGCAGCAGCAGCAAAAGCAGCAGCAACAGCAACAACAGCAGCAGCAGAGCGCCCGGCCAGGCGGCGGCGACAGCUCGCAAAACGACCCGCUACUGGCAGCGCUGCAGUACAUCCAGCGGCACCGCGGCGGCGGGGUUCCUGGGCAGGGCGUGCCCGGCAGCAUGCCCCCUGGCGCAACCUCUGCAGCGAUGCAAGCGCGCCCCGGGGCGGGGCCGCGACCAGACCAGCUGCAGCAGCUACUGUCGAGCGUAUCACAGGGGGCGCAGGCGCGUGGCGGAGCGAUGCAGCACGUGCAGGCCGCGUACGGGGGCAACCCCACCGCGACGGGAACGGCCCAGCAAGCGCACCCCAUGCAGCGCAUGCACGGCCAGGGACACGCCCAGGGGAAUCCCAUGGUGAUGAUCACCGACCCCGCCCAGGCCGCGGCGUUUCGCGGGCCUGGACAGCCCGGGCGCCUCCCGCCGGGCGUCUCGCUGCCCCCGCACCUGCAGCAGCGCUUCGCGGGCAUGCCCGUGCCAGGAAGCGCGGGCCCAGGGGCACCUCAGGUACACCCGGCGCAUGCAGAGGCGCACGCCCACGCCCAGGCGCAGGCCCACGCGCACGCGCAGGCGAUGGCUCUAGCACAGGCGCAGGGGCGCAUGUCGCAUGAGCAGUGGGCCCGCGCGGCGCAGGCGCAGGCGCAGGCGCGGCCGCACAACAUGCAAAUGGCGGCCCUGAGCGCGUCGAUGGGGAGCAUGGGCCUGCAGCCCCAGGGGGCGCCUCACGGCGUGCCGCAAGGACACAUGGGGAUGAUGAUGCCGCACGGCAGCAUGCCUGGCCCUGCGGCGGCGCAGAUGGCGCGCAACAUGCACAUGCCGGCCGGGGCGGGCGGCGCUGGCCUGUCGGGCAGGAUGCAGUAG